CGUGCGCGCCGCCCGUACCCCACUCCGCCGUCAGACGUCAUUUGACGUGGCUUCUACGUAGCAUUCGCUCGGGCCAGUCGGAUCGCAGGACCAAGCUCUCGUACGACGUAACAUUGUGACUGCUGGACAUAACAACGAUCUCGUUGUGUUAUGGACGGUAUGGUAGAAGAAAAUGGGACCAGUGGUUCAGUUGAUGCCCUUGUCUCGCAGGGUUCUGGUAACCCUAUCGUUGUCACAUCGGUGCACUCAGUCAUCCAGGCAAACCAACAGUCUGUCAUCCAAACUGCAACACAGGGCACUAUGAUCACUAAAGGCAAUGUUAUUCUAUUAAGUAAACCGAAUUCAGUAAUACAAACCACUCAAGGAAAUCUGCAAACCCUUCAGGUUGUUGAAGCUGGUAGCGAUGAAAGUUUAUCAGCAAAUGAAGAUAGUCCUAAAAGAGUUCGCCAUGAUGCCCUGACUAGGAGGCCAUCUUAUCGAAAGAUUUUAAAUGAUAUCGCAGGAGGAAAAGUUGAAUCGUCAGGUUCAGAUUGUGAUUCAAAUCUCGAUAGUGAAUUAUCUUCAAAUUCACUGUCUGCUCAUUACCAAACUGUUUUACCUCCAGCUGCAAUUCAGUUAACUCAAGGAGAAAUGCAUAGUAUGCCGACUUUAACAAUGUCUAAUCCAACGUCUACCGGUGGUACUAUAUUGCAGUAUGCUAGUCAAGAUGGACAAUUUUUUGUGCCUGUUGUUACCCAAGGAGGAAGUUCUACUUUAAAUACAAGUUCAAUGGUACCUGAAGAUCAAGUUAAAAAACGGGAAAUGAGGCUAUUAAAAAAUAGAGAAGCAGCAAGAGAAUGCAGACGAAAAAAAAAAGAAUAUAUUAAAUGUUUAGAAAACCGUGUAUCUGUAUUAGAAAAUCAGAAUAAAGCACUAAUUGAAGAGUUAAAAACGCUAAAAGAACUUUAUUGCCAAACAAAGACUGAAUAGUGAUAGUUUUUGAAUCUUCAAAUUUAUAAGAGAAAACAUUGUACCAGUCAUGACCAAAAUUGCAUGCUUGACGUGAUAUUUACAAAAAUCUUGUAAGCUCAUUUUAAUUUAUAUGUUUAAUUUUUGGUUAUUUAAAAUCAAUAUACAUUUUGAAAAUGGUUUAUUUUUGCUAAAAACUCAAGGAAUUAGUAAAAGGGUCUAUUCAUCAGAGAAAUCGGUGGCCAAUUCCAUAUGAACAAUUUUAUUCUUUAUCUUAUUUUUGAAAUUUGAUGAUGUUAUAACUGCCUGCUAAACAACAUCACAGCAAAUGAGUUUUUAUAUUAUUCAAUGCCAAUUCUUGAGAUUUUUAUGUAUUCUUUAUAUUAUUUAUUUAGUGACUUAAAUAU